AGGAAACUUUUAGGAGCUGCAGAGCAGCAGAUAUUUUUGGCCCAGCUCACAGAUCAAUUCCUGCCCACUCUUUCCCUGCCACUUGCAGGAAAGGAUCCCCAUCCGAGGAUGUAGAGAUGAGCUUUUAAAGCCGUGGAGAGAAAGCACAGCACUGCAGCCUCCCAUCCACCAGGGCUCUAAAAAUCACAAGAAAACAACACCCAAAAUGAUCUUGAAGGAACAAUGACCUGUUAAUUUUGUAAACCGAAUAGAGCAACACAAUGUACCCAACACACAAAUGAUCGCAGAUGGAAACAAAUUACACACCAGAGAUGACAAUGCUGAUAACUGUAUCAUCCUCCAUCCAGCCUGCUCCCACCCACUGCCACCUUUCUCCCCCUCCCACCCUACCAAAGCCUGGGAAAGACAACCUGCGGCUCCAGCGGCUACUGAAAAAGGCAGCCAAGAAGCAUGCCAUCCUAGCUUCAGAGCAAGCCAAGUCCUUUCGGUCCAGCCUCUCACCUGUGAAUGAGGCCAGCUCUGACGUAGAGCAUAAUGAGAGUGCUCCCCCAGCAGAGACCCCUGAAACUACAGCAUCUCCCUCCAGCAGCAUCCCAACCCGCCUCUCCAUCAAGCCUAUCAUCCACCGCAUGCCCUCUCCUAUCCGAAAAAGUAAGCCUUUCACACUGAAGGUUACCGAGCAGAGACGCAUUGCCGAACACCUCACGCUCACAACCUCCCCCGCCUUGCCUCUGCUACACAAGCCAGGAGCUCCUGAGACUGAACGAAUAGAAACUCACCUUCCCUCUCCAUGCAAUCCCUCGACACUUGUUUUCUCCCAGCCUCUUCCUUCCAGUACACCCAGUAAGGAAAGGGCACCAGAGGUUACCUAUGUCACCAAGAUGCAGACUUAUUUCCACACUGUCAAGCCACCCAGGGCUAAGACACCCACAUCAAAUAAGCCCCAAGCAACCAUUUGCCAUGAAGACAAAAGGCUGCCUUCUCCGACAGCUGAAACAAGCUGCUCUGAACCAUCUCCAGGGCAGAUCCCCACCUCGCUCAACAGCAGCAAAGCCACAGCUCCCACACUGGACCCUCCACUCCUUUCUGCUGCAGAGGCAGAGCCUCCUAAUCAGGUACAUAUGCCUGCUCCUACUGAAGAGUCAAUCAAGGCCACUUCAUCCAAGCCCAGCACCUCCAAUGCCCAUGCUGAUAAGCCCACAACCCAUGAAAGCAACAUGGAAAUACCUACAUCAGAGAGUGCUCCUGAAUUAGCCAAGCAAGAUGGUGACAUCCUAAAACCAUCGACACCCAGCACUCCCUGGAGGCAAGCACACCCAGAGACAGCAACCCCAGCACAAUCUGACAGCACUGGGGCCACCUCCACAGACACCAAGGCAGAACAUGUCAUUCAACCUCAGGUGACACCCAGCUUAUCAAACAUUAGCUCUCCCCUUGAAGCUGAGCCAGCACAAUCGUCAGUAGAAGCAAGACCUCCUGGAGCCAAUGCUGGUGGUUGGCAUCGCCUCAGAAAGCACUUGAUGGUGCAGCCAGAAGCACCCAGCUUCCCAGAGCAUAAGCCAGAAAAGCUGGGACAGGCAGAAGGGAGCAAGGAGAAGGACAGCUCUCAAGCAAUUAUCAGUCAAGACAACAGGCUGUUUAAAUCAAGGGCCACAAGGAUGUGGGAUGCUAUUUUAUACCAGUUAACAGUCAACAAGGAGAGAAAGCAGGAAACAGAAGAGAAGAAGCUGCAGAAGGAAGAAAGCUUUCUUCCCCGACGCUUACCUAUUCUUCUACAUAAGCCACGCUUCGACGCCCGGAAACUGAAGGAACUGGCUGCCAAACCCAUGACAAAGAUCACCACUGUAUUUGAGGUCAGCCGGUUUAGACCCAAAGUGGCUGAGGAGCAAAGCAAGAGCUUUAACAGAACAGCAUCUGGAUGGUCAGUCAACUGAGACCAGGCUGCUCCACCAGGCCCACACCUCUGGAAACUCUUAUUGGGCACCAAGCAAGAGAGCACCUAUGACUAGGUUAACUGCCCAGAGCCAAGGGUAAGGAAAAAAAUAAAGUUAAAUAAAACUCCUCCAAGCCAGCAGCCUCACGCUGUGGGUUUAAGGGUUACUCUCCAUAUAUACGUAAGCUUGAAUGCGUAACAUAUCAUAUCCACAGGUCAUGAGUCAAGGAAACCAAUGUGUGCUUCUUUUAAAAAGAGCCAACAACAAGCACAGUAUGUAGUAACAUGGGGAAGAGAGGGGAGGCACACAGUGAAAACAACAAACUGCCUGCAGGAAAAGCACAGUUUAGAGGAGGCUGAUGGAAUACAGAUUUAUUUUAUUGUAUUUAUUUAAGAACAAGGGCGACCCUAGAAACAAAAUCAGUUGUCAAUGAGACAUGACAGAAUCUGCGUGGCUUCAUGUCUCCUCUAGAGAGUCUUUGAAACCAAACUCAGAGAGGGUUCGCAUAAUCUCUUUGACUUCUCCACGAGAAAUGCUGUGGAGAGCAUCCCACAUCCAUUUGCUGAAAACAAGGUGGAAACACAUCCUUUCACUCAAGGCACAGCCAAGCGACAGUGUAAGAUCUAAUCUAUCCUGUUCUCACAUAGCAGUUCCCCUGGCUAAAAAAGCAGCUAGCAUCAUUUUAUGUCCUCCCAGGUCAGUCUACUAAAUGAUAGUGCCCAGAAGACUAACUUUAUUGCAGCAAUCAAGUUCUGUUAUGUAUUUUACAGUGCUUUAAGCACAGCAGGAGGUUAGCGUUUUCAUGAUAACAGCAAGAGCUUGCUUCAGCUUGUGGGUAUCCAACUCUUUUUAACAAGGACCUGUUUUCUGGAGGUUCCUUCUAAGAGCAUGCAGUCUCAUUUUCAGAGGCAACAUCAUGAUAUUGCAUACCUACUGGUGCCUGAUGUCCUGAAAAAAUUACUUAAAACCAAAUACCCAAUUUUGUCCAUACACAAAGACAACUGUGCUUUCGAGCAUUACAGUUGCCCUUUGCAUCUCUAUCACUCCCAAGCUUAUAAGCACGAAAGCUGGAGAUCGGCUAUUUCUGUUUCUUAAAGGGACUUUGUCAUAUGCCAGGAUGUUCCUACACAGCUAAUGUAGGAUUGCUAUGUUUAGUCCAAAUAGGAAACUUGAUACACAGCUCUUUACAUUCUCUUCAUGUGCAGAGGAUAUGGAGCUGAACAAAACUUUCCCAAUCCAAACAGCAAACAGAGUGAGAAAAAAAAAAAAAAAAAAAUCAAAAGGCCCUUUUGCCUUUUUGAAGUCUUCAAAUUUCACAAUGAUGCUAUCCAGAAGGGCUGAAUUAUUAUCAAACCUCCACUGAAGUUGUCACUUUGCUGGUCUUAAUCUCUGUUUUGUAACCCUUUCCCUAUUCCAAGAGGGGGAAAAAGCAGAGAAGGAAGAAUAACCCAAGUAUCUAAAGUUUGGAUUUCUCCAACCUCAGUUUUCAAAAGAAAAGGCUGAAAAGAGGUAGGCAGGAAACACAUCAGUGGAUCCCAGGUAAGCUUUUGCAGGAUAAUUCAACGUGCUGAAAGAAAAGGCUAUAGAGAAAGAUCCAUGCAACAAAGAGAGUGCAGUUUAAAAUACAUAGAAUGCCUAAUGGAAAUAACGAUGACCUCACCACACAAUGAUAAAAUGGAACCUUACUAUAGCACAGAUAGAUGGAUGCCUAUGCACAGGAGCCUGCAUUCACAAGAUCCACAGCAUUAGCAUGAAGCAGAACAGCCAACAUUGAUUACACUUUGAAGACUAAGAAUCUGGCCAGAGAAGAUGGUUUCAGAAGCAAUCGAACUUUAGUCCUCUUUUUCACGCAGCAAAGAUGACCACCAAGAACAAACCGGCACCUUGCACAUGACAAGGGAAGGCUUAUGCCUUACACCUGCUGGGCUUCCCACCAGUCUGCAUCUAUAACCCAGUUACACGGCAAAAGGAGGAAGGACGGAGAAUCACCAUUGGUGAGAGUGAAGCUCGCACUGGGAAGCAGAGGAAGGCUGCAUGGUUUAGCCCUUCUGCCCCAACAGUGAAGGGCAGAGGCAUACAGCAGGCAUGACGAGUCCAGCAAAAAACAGACCCUGGCACAAGAGCAUUGCAGAGGAGAGAACAGAUGCCUGGAAGCAAGAGGAGAUUUCCACCAGCAGCUCUUCAUUGAGAGCCACUGUGGUAUGUCCCAGCCUGAGUCACUGUGCCAAACAAGGGAAGGGGAAUGCUACCGAGCACAAAGUUUGGUUUGGUUUCACCGUCAAAUAGCCUCCGGCAGUUGAUAAGAGCCCAGAUUGCCACUUACUGAAAAAGUCCUGCUCUGCAGCCUGCUCACAGGUUCUGCAGCUCAGCAGGUGAGAGGAAAAGGAAAAGUUUAUGAGAUGGUGUUGAGUGAGCAACAAGAGGGUGAGCCAGAAAGUUGAAAGCAAAAAGGCAACCAUGAAUAGAUCUGGCAGUAGGAUACGAAGUAUGAACAUAGUUCAGGGAGGUGGAGAGGAACUGAGGAGCAAGGAUUUUGCACACAAAACUGCCGGCUAUACACCCAAGAGCAGAAACAAGCCAAGAUCCUUCAAACUAUCGCAGUUAUUUUGCUAUUCAGAGUCAAAACCCCCUUCAUUGUGAACAAGCCCAUAGGACAACAGUCCUGAACAGUGGUUUGGAGUACUGGGUAGAUCCUAGACAACAUCCCAGAACAAUCACUGGCCUUUCAAGAAAGGAUGCUGAAAGAAGAUCAGAGCUGAGGGCAGUUUCCUUUGAGCUGCUUGCAGAAGCUCAGGUAGGGCAAACAACUUGCUGAUAACCUAGCAAAACCUGUUUGCUACAAAGAAUUGAAGACUAUCAGGAUCCCACCUGGUGCAUUAAAACACACUUCUGGAAAAAGAAGAGGACUGAUCAAAGAGGAGAGCUUAAAAUAAGUUUCUGAAAACCACAGGCAGAGAAGCAAGUUGAGGAUACAGGUCCUGUGGGUUCCUGCUUCUUUAAAUCUAAAAAAGGUACCUUCAGGCAAGCUUUGAUUUGUACUGCUACCCACCUCAAAGUGGCAUUCAAGAGAGCCUCCUUUUCAAACGGGCACCACAAAAGUCAAAAAAAAAAAAAAAAGAACCAACUAAAUCUACGCUGCACAUGGAAACCAGAUCCUUUGGGGAAGGCAGGGAGGAACACAGUGCCCUGAAGAACUCGGAAACAAAAGGUGUUUUGUAGCAGACAAAGCUAUUUAUAAG